AUGGAGGAUAUUGCAAACCGCUGGAAAAGUUUUUCUAUUGAGGAGGAAGAAGAGGAUGUUGUUGGAGUUGAUGAGUCAGUGUUGGAGGAAGGACGAAAAGCCAUGAAAUGUGGCCUGUUGGGUAAGUUGUUAUCAUCUAAACCAUAUAACAAACGAUUCUUUCAAUCAACGAUGAUUGAUAUUUGGCGGAUGCCUAGUGUAGAGUCACGGGAAGUGGCGAAGGAUGUAUUCUUGUUCUCUUUUGCCAGUGCUCGUGAUCGAGAUAGGGUUCUGGAUAUGGAACCUUGGAGUUUUGAUCGAGCGCUUGUUGUUCUGAAGCCAGUAGAGAACGGUGAUAUGGCGGAUAGCGAUGAUUUUUGUUAUUCAAAGUUUUGGGUCCCGUUACAUAAUCUUCCGUUAGAAGGAAGGUUAUCACGAAUUGGAAAGAUGGUUGGUGAUAUUAUUGGUAGUACGGUGUCGGUUCAACAAGAUGAUAAAGGACGAUGCUGGGGUCAGUAUGUGCGUGUAAGGGUGGUCCUUGAUAUCACUAAACCGAUUCGUCGCCAAGUCAAAAUCAUAUUGGGUGAUGGUGAAUAUCUAGUUUGGACGGAUCUACGGUAUGAAAAGUUGCCGGAUUUCUGCUAUGGCUGUGGGAAGUUUGGCCAUGGAACCCGUGAAUGUCCGGCUGAAGGGGUGGCUGUUGUGACAGAUCUAUCGAUCCUUCCUUAUGGCAGUUGGUUGAGAGCACCUAGAAUGGGUGGUGGAAGUCACCGCCGGGUAGAACGGAGGCCGGCUCGCACCAACGGCGAUAAUCUGUCUCGUUCGCUUCGAGGAAUGGAGAUUCCGUAA